AUGGGAGAUUGGAAUUUACUGGGUGGCAUCCUAGAGGAAGUCCACUCCCACUCCACUAUAGUGGGGAAGAUCUGGCUGACCAUCCUCUUCAUCUUCCGAAUGCUGGUACUUGGUGUUGCUGCUGAGGACGUCUGGGACGAUGAGCAGUCUGCCUUCGCCUGCAACACCCAGCAGCCCGGUUGCAACAAUAUCUGUUAUGAUGAUGCUUUCCCCAUCUCUUUGAUCAGAUUCUGGGUUUUGCAGAUCAUCUUUGUGUCUUCCCCUUCUUUGGUGUAUAUGGGCCACGCCCUUUAUAGACUCAGGGACUUUGAGAAGCAGAGGCAGAAGAAGAAGUUAUACCUUAGAGCCCAGGUGGAGAAUCCAGAGCUCGACCUGGAGGAGCAACAAAGGGUAGAGAGGGAGCUGAGGAGACUCGAGGAGCGCAAGAGGAUUCAUAAAGUCCCUCUGAAAGGAUGUCUGCUGCGCACGUAUGUCUUACACAUCUUGACCAGAUCGGUGCUGGAAGUAGGGUUCAUGAUAGGCCAAUAUACUCUCUAUGGGUUUCAAAUGCACCCCAUUUACAAGUGCACCCAAGCCCCUUGCCCCAAUGCAGUGGACUGCUUUGUAUCCAGGCCUACAGAGAAGACCAUUUUCAUGCUCUUCAUGCUCAGCAUUGCAGCCAUCUCCUUGUUACUCAAUAUCCUGGAAAUAUUUCAUCUCGGCAUCAGGAAAAUCAUGAGGGCACUCGAAGGCAAAUCCAGCCGUGGGAACACUGAGAAUGAAACAGGCCCUCCAUUCCAUUCAACAAACGACUCAGGGGCCCAGCAGUGUAUGGUCUGUUCUUCUUUACCUGAAAGAAUCUCACUACUUCAAGCCAACAAUAAACAGCAAGUCAUCCGAGUCAAUAUACCACGGUCUAAAAGCAUGUGGCAAAUUCCACACCCCAGGCAACUUGAGGUAGACGUUUCCUGUGGCAAAAGAGACUGGGCUGAGAAAAUUGAGAGCCGUGGACAGCUCCAUGUGCAUAGCCCGUGUCCACAUGACCGCAGUGCCAGAAUUCAGCACCCCGGACAGCAACCAUGCCAUUCUGUCUUUGGCCCCAAGAACGCAAUGUCUCAGUCCUGGUUCGGUACAAUGACGGCUUCUCAACACCAUCCAUCAUCUGCCUUAGAAACCUGGGAGCGAGCCCAGGGCCCAGAAGCUUCAGGGAGAUCUCUCACGGAUCGCCAGAGUCAGUUCCAAGGCAGUGACGGCAGUGCAAGAGAGAGUGGGGUUUGGGCAGACAGAUUAGGCCCAGGUAGUCGCAAGGCUAGCUUUCUAUCCAGGCUGAUGUCAGAAAAGGGACAGCAACGGCAUAGUGACUCAGGAAGCUCACGGUCUCUGAAUAGUUCCUGCUUGGAUUUUUCACACGGAGAAAACAGCCCAUCACCUCUGCCGUCCGCCACUGGGCACAGAGCAUCGAUGGUAAGUGGCAGCCAUGUUGAUUCACCUCCUCACUCUUCUCCUUUCACCGGACAUGAGACAUAA